UCCAACCACACUACAGAUUUCCGCGUUUACCAAUUUACCCCCCAUUCACAUUACUUCGUUACGCGCUGCACGCGCCCGAUGAUUGUUAAACACGUCCCACGUGACGCGCUAACAAAUUUACGUAGUCUGCGUCACGUGGGACACGUGUGCACACACAUGCACACUGAGAUCUCAGUGUUAGUUUGAAUCGGCUCUGUUAACACAGACGACAGUGUCAAAAUGGACGUCUAUGGAGUAGGCUCGUGAAGGACGCCGCUACUGGGCAGUGGGAGGCGGCAGUCGCUCUCCAACAACAACGGAGGGCGGAGGCGCAACGCUUACAACAACGAGCGGAGCCACCGGGCAGACAAACCCAAGCGAGAUGGCACAGUGGGGAGCACAACCCAUGGUACCUGCGUCUGUCCCGUGACCUGUCAACGAGCCUUCAAGACUUCACGUGGCCUCAAAGUGCACCUAGCCUGGCACAAGCGCUGUGGUGACGUCACUGCCGCUCAGUGUCGACCGCCGGCUUGCAUAUUGGUGCGCACGUGUGUAUGUGUGGGUGUGUGUGUGUCGAUGCGCGAGCGUGCGUGCGCGUGUGUGCCACUGAGCCUGCCCCCGAUAUAAAACACGCGAGUCGCUAUCGUCGCUCGCCACUUGACACCUGCUCGGCCAGCACAAGCUCAGAGAUCGGAGCAGAGCGGGGGAGCGAGGCAGGAGAGGAGGGAGCGAGCAAGCAAGGAGCAGAGAAAAGGAGGAGGGAGAAGAGGAGGAGGAAGAGAGGAGGAGGAGGGAGAGGCUCCCGUUCCGAUAUGGAGCGGGAGUUGCGGCUGGGUCGCUCCGGUAGAGAAUUCGGAACGCAACAGCGGUGACUUCUGUCCCCGGGAUUGACCGCCCGGUGACCUCUAUCACCAUGAGGCUCGCGCUCCUGGAGAUCGCGCUGCUCCAGGUGCCCUGCCUCUUCUCUCACCCAGGGUGCCUGGCGGCCCAGGGCUGGUUCGCGAGGCAACUCCUCAAGGACCUGCUGCGUAAUUACACGAGUUCACUGCGACCCGUGGAGAAUACGGAGCGAGUGAUGAACAUCACCCUGCGCAUCACCCUCUCCCAGAUCAUCGACAUGGACGAGAGGAACCAGAUCCUGACGGCCUACCUGUGGAUCCGCCAGAUCUGGCAGGACGCGAACCUGCGCUGGGACAAGAACGAGUACGACGGGCUGGACAACAUCCGCAUCCCCAGCGGCCUCGUCUGGAAGCCGGACAUCGUGCUCUACAACAGUGCGGAUGACCGCUUCACGGGCUCCAUGGAGACGAACGUGGUGAUCCAGAACAAUGGGCAGAUCACGUGGGACUCGCCCUCCAUUACCAAGAGCUCGUGCCGGGUGGACGUGUCCUACUUCCCGUUCGACCGCCAGCAGUGCCGCCUCACCUUCGGCUCGUGGACCUACAACGGCAACCAGAUCGACCUGGUGAGCGGCAUGGACGGAGGGGACCUCUCGGACUUCAUCGCCAACGUCGAGUGGGAGGUGCUGGGCAUGCCCGCCGCCAAGAACGUCAUCAAGUACGGCUGCUGCUCGGACCCCUACCCAGACGUCACCUACACCAUCCUGCUCAAGCGCCGCGCCUCUUUCUACGUCUUCAACCUGCUCCUGCCGUGCGUGAUGCUCUCCUUCCUGGCGCCGCUGGGCUUCUACCUGCCCGCCGAGUCGGGCGAGAAGGUGUCGCUGGGGGUCACCGUGCUGCUGUCGCUCACUGUCUUCCAGCUCAUGGUGGCCGAGAGCAUGCCGCCCUCCGAGAACGUGCCGCUCAUCGGCAAGUACUACAUCGCCACCAUGUCGCUAAUCACCGCCUCCACGGCGCUCACCAUCUUCGUCAUGAACGUCCAUCACUGCGGGCCGGAGGCGCGGCCCGUGCCGCCCUGGGUCAAGUCGCUGGUGCUGGGCUACUUGGCGCGCAUCUUCCUCGUCUAUGACAUGGGAGAGAGCUGCUGGGACCGCGACGCCCCGGGGAUCCGCAGCGGCGGGGGAGCCGACGGGGCCACCCCCGACAUUGGAGCCGCUCGCCGCCACGAGCGGAGGAAAAGCCACGGCGGCCGUGGCCGCGGCGCCGCCUCCGCGCCGACGCGCAAGGGGGAGGCCAACGGUGGCGUGGAGGAGCGGCGCGGCGCGGCCCCCCCGCGGCACACGGUGGUGGUGCGGCUCGAGGGCGCCGGAGCGGCCGGCGGGGCGGCUCCGUGCACGACGCGCGCGGAGCCCCAGCGCGGCCCCGCGCCGCGCCGUGCGGGCGCGGAGCGCGACGAGAACAACGGAUGGCGAAGACGCGACGAGGAGGAGGACGAGGAGGUGAUGGGUUUCUCGUCCGACGACGAAGGCGGUGGUGGCGAAGAUCGCGAUGAGGAUAGACAGGGGGAGGAGGAUGGAGAGGACGAGAGCGAGGAGCUGCGCGCACGGCGCCGCGUGGCCGAGGACGUGGAGGCGAUCGCGCGCUGCUUCCGCGAGCAGCGCGCGGGCCAGGCGCGCGUCUUGGAGUGGCGUCGCGUGGCGCGCGUCAUGGACCGCUGCUUCAUGUGGCUCUUCUUCCUCAUGGUCUUCCUCAUGAGCCUCAUGAUCGUGGUCAACGCCGCGUGAGUGAGCGAGGCCGCGCGCGGAGACGGCCCUCGUCGUACGCGUUCCGUGAUCAUCGCCGCUUCGGCCGCUGUUGUUGUCGCUCUUGUUGUUGUUGUUGCGCGUGAAGCGGGGACGCUGUCGUUCGCCUGACUCUGCUGGUCCUGGCUGUGGUCGGUCGCGUGGGGAUGAUCCCUAGGAGACCGGUGCACAAGGUGGCGGCGGUGGUGUUGAAGAUUUUGGUGAUGAAUUUGGGAGAUGAAAACGAUGAUGAUUUGUACAGAGAGUCGGGAUUCUCGGGGUGUUCCGUAAUCCAUCGUAAUGCUCGAGGUGCACAUUCGUAGAACUGUCAAGGUCGCUUUGCUUUGUUUUUACUUGACGGAACAUUUGCUCGGCUACGUCCCAUCCCCUCGGCUGCUGACGCCGAGAACCCGGUUCACGCAUCGACCUUUGCAAUCCUCACCAGAUGGAACCUCCAGUGAGGGACUGUGUUGACUCCAGUCCGUUCAGGAUGCAGCUGCUAGGGGCCUGACCCGAACUCCUCAUCCAGAGCGAAUAACCCCUCUGCUUGCAUCGCUCCACUGGUUAACGGCUCUCAUCACAGUCAAGCUAUAUAAGCUGUUAUUAUCGUGAUGUCGAAAUGUGCAACCGCGCUACUCAGAGGUGCGGGGGAAGGACAACAAACUAAACACGCACGCACACACAAUGAGCAUUAUACGUUGCGCGGGUGAUAGUGAACAGGUGGUGGAGAUAACGGUGAUGGCGAAUACGCUGAAUAUGUCCGUGAAUGGGUUACCCGUGGUUGAUGGUGCAUCGUGCACCUGGUUAGCGUGACGACAAACUGCGCGGAUCAUCGCCGCCGCGUCUCCUCGGGCUCCCCAGACCCUCGGACCGGGUGCCGAGUUUUGAUGUUCGCCACCAAAUCGCAGCGCAUUCUCGAGGACGCACGACACGAUUCAGACAAAGUCCCCCCGUGUAGCCUUAACAGGCUGCUGGGGCAAGUGCUGUUAACGAACCCCUAAUGAAGGCCGGCACGACACACGACGGGGUGGGUUGCGAGCACCACCCCCGGCCGCCUUUGUCUCCCCAGUACUGGUGUCGACGCGCUGCGUUGACCUAAGGGAAGCCCGGGACCGGUUUAGAUGAUCACCGCUGUUUGUUGACGGUGAGUGAGAAUCAACCUGGGGUCGCCGGGUUCGUAACGCAGCGCGCGAAGCACUGCGCCACCGCUCCCCGUGAAGACGCCACACACAACCGUGCUCCAAGCGUUCAUCAUCACCACCACUGACAAGAGCCAUGGGCGGGAAUCUAACUCAGGUGAGCUGGUUCAUCGCUCAGUGGGCUAACCACGGCGCCACUGCUCUCAUCAUCACGAUCAGUCAUCAUCACAAAUCACCGUCCUCAUCGAUAA